AUGGAUUUUGGGGUUCAAGUGGGUUUGGAUGGGUUGGUGGGUUCAGACAUAAGUAAUAGUGGUUUUGCUUCUCUUGGUAGUUCAGAUCCUGAAGCAAAGCAGAAGUUGUACGGAUCUGGGUUUCUGAAGCAAGAGAGAUCUGCAGCCGCCGAUGAUGAUUGGAGGAGCUCUAAAUUAUCCAAAACUGAGUCAAUACUGCUUGACCAGAGAAACACUUCACUUCUGAAAUCUAGCUCUAAUUCUCUCUUCGCUGACGGACAACAACACCAGCAGCAGAUGCUUAGCUUCUCCUCACCCAAAUCAGCUCCUUCAGUGGAGAGAAGCUCCCAAAAUGCCACAUUGCCAUACUUUCACCUCACGUCUCCUGUUUAUAAUAGAAAUGCAGGCUACAACUCUGGUAUCUUCAAUGCCGCCAGCAUGCAUGGCGUUUUGACUGACAGUACAAGAUGGCCAUUCACUCAAUCACAAUGGAUGGAGCUUGAACAUCAGGCCUUGAUCUACAAAUACAUAAAUGCAAAUGUGCCUAUACCUUCUAAUCUGCUUAUACCUAUUAGGAAAGCUCUUGAUUCUUCUGGGUACUCUAGCUUUUCUGGCGGAUUUUUCAGACCCAAUACAUUGCCAUGGGGUACUUUCCAUAUGGGUUUCUCCAGCAACACUGAUCCAGAGCCAGGACGGUGUCGCAGGACAGAUGGGAAGAAAUGGCGGUGCUCAAGAGAUGCCGUUGCCGAUCAGAAAUAUUGUGAGCGGCACAUGAACAGGGGCCGCCAUCGUUCAAGAAAGCCUGUGGAAGGCCAAUCAGGCCAUUCCGUUGCAGCCACCACCACUGUAAAGCCAAUAGCCAAUGGCACUUCGUCCUCUACAUCAGCACCAGUGGUGGGGCUUCGCAGCGCCGUGUCCGACAGCCUCACUAUUGCGCGUAACCAGCAGCAACCAGCCAGUUUAUCUAAUCUUUCUGCCACUAAUACUCUCAGCAGAAUGUUCCUUACUAAAGAGAAUGUAGGUCAGAGAACGCAACAUGCAUCAGGCUUGUCCAUGCUACCGUCCAACAUUGACCUGAAACCAAAAGAAACUCCAUUCUUCAUAUCAAAACAACAAAACUCAUACGGGGAAUGCUUGCACACUGAGUUUGGACUUGUCGCCUCUGACUCCCUCCUCAACCACUCACAGAAAAGCACAUCUUUAAUGAGUUGCAGAAAUUUUGGUUCCUCUCAAGACCUCACUGAUCAAGAAACUGUUUCACAGAACUCCCUUCGCCAAUUCAUGGAUGAUUGGCCUAAAAGUCAGUCUGAUCGCACUGCUGUUUCUUGGCCUGAACUUGAUCUGCAAUCUGAGAGAACCCAGUUAUCAAUUUCAAUCCCUAUGGCUCCUGCAGACUUCAUGUCAUCAACUUCCUUUCCAAACAAUGAAAAAAUCACUCUGUCCCCACUGAGAUUAUCGCAUGAAUUUGAUCCAAUACAGAUGGGACUGGGAGUGGGAGUUGGGAGUAUUGCCAACGAGCCAAACCAAAGGCAAGCAAAUUGGAUUCCCAUUUCUUGGGGAACUUCAAUGGGCGGUCCGCUUGGGGAGGUUUUGCACAACUCCAAUAAUAAUGCAGCAGCAGAGUGCAAGAAUGCAUCAUCACUCAACCUAACGACAGAGAGAUGGGACAACAGUCCUCGUGUAGGUUCAUCUCCAACCGGGGUCUUACAAAAGUCUGCAUUUGCUUCGCUUUCAAAUAGCAGUGCGGGAAGCAGCCCAAGAGCAGAGAACAAGACUAACGAAGGUGGCAGUCUCUGCAAUGACCUUCUUGGAUCAAGCGUUGUGCAUUCUUCGUCAUUGCCUUCACUGUAA